AUGGAAGAUCUUCACACAGUUUAUGUCCUGAAUAAACGCAUUGAAAAAUUGCGCAUGCGUGCAUUCAAACUGACACACGAUGACUCACGACGAGCCAUACAGUUUGACUGGGUCGUACUUCAACAGUUGGAUGAUAUCCGAACUAGUUUAGACGGAAUGGCGCGUACACGUGGUACAAAUGUCAAGCGUCGUUAUUCCUAUAAAACACUAACAGCUGCAAUGCAACAUUCAACUAUAGAUGCGAUUCCAAUACUCCUCGUUCCACCUAAAUUCAAGAUCACGACUAUGAUCAUAGGAGCGAAAGUGACAGCUUUCAAAAUGACACCAGCAUGGUUUAAACUUGAUGAUGAAGCGAAAGUUUUGAAAAAUAUCAUCUAUCCAGCUAAUAUUGCCAACAAGCGUCCUUUUAAUACCAUAGCCCGUUAUCGAGCAGUAAUUGGGAAAACAAAUGACUUUAGUCAUGAAUCACUUUUGGUAAGCGACGAUCAAACAGAAACUCUCGUACUUGCACUAGAUGCGUUCGCUCGGCAAUUUGGUGGUGAUUUAAGCUUUACGAAUGAAGAUCUGUCAUUUGAAGAGAGUGCACAUUGUACUGCCUGUGGAGUAGCUAAUCUAAGCAGUGCUCAUUUACUCGCUACGAAUUACGUUCCAACAGCUAAACUUACCUUUGAAAUUGGCAUAGCUUACAAGGAACUUGCAAAAUCAGAAGAAACUAUGCAAAAUUUUGCCAUGAGUUUUGUACAAGCGAUUGUGGACGUACUUAGCUGUGAAAAUGAUUAUAUUCGUAUUUUAUCUAUCAAUCUAUCUAGUAAAUCAAAGGGGCAAGUUGAAGUCAGCUUUGGUAUUACCACGCCAAGCCAAGAGAAAACUGAAGAAUAUGUGCGAAUCUUACAGGAGCAUGCUCGUUCUGGUUUCCUCAAUAAUAAGAUUCUGCGACUUGUCAAACCAUCCGAAUACGAAUGUACGUGGUCAUCAGUUCUAUCAUUUCUGCAGUUGCGUCCAGAAGAUUUCGAUUCGAAACACAAUUUUGAUUAUCGACAACCUGACUUACCUGAAAGUCUGACGCGUGGAGGCUAUCCUUAUUAUUUGCCUAUGGGCUGGUAUCGUCAUGCCAUUAAAGUAAAUAAUAAAUACGGGGAUGGAGAUGCUUGGUUAGGCUCUACAAAUGCUCCAGGUGAGUGGCCUGUUGCUUUUCAUGGAACUCAUUCUGGUGCGGUGAGUGGUAUUACGGCACAAGGUCUUCUCAUUAAAGUUGUCCAAGUCGAUCUUAAGAGACCAGAAGCUAUUGAACAGAUGGGAGAGGCAGCUGAUAAGCCAGGUCUUUACCUAGCAACGCACUGCAAUGGUGGUUCGCAUUCAACUUAUACAAGACCAUUCGAUGUACAAACGUCGCAAGAUUUAACCAAGAGCUUCCGAGUAGUAUUUCAGUGUCGUGUAAAACCAGGCACCUUCACCACUCAUAAAAGCCCUGUCAAAGUUGGUGAUGCAUGGAGAGUUGUUGACCCAGAUGCAGUUCGACCUUAUGGUAUCCUGCUUAAAGAUGAAGAGAUAACAGUACCAGAUUGA